GUACUGGUCCCGAAUAUUUAUUCGAGUUAUGGAGGAAAUUUCUUUCGUGGGAGAACAUUGAAGGAUGGCUAUUUUUGACCUUUUUUUAAGUAAAUUAUCAGCUUUUUUAUCUAUAAAGAAAAUCUAAUACCUGGUUGAACGAAUGGAAAAAUUACUUCCCGAAAUUUGGCUUUACAUAUAUUAACCCAUAAAAAGGCAAUGAAGUCCUGAGAAAGACACUUAAAGUAAUCAGUGCAUUGAUAUGAAUCAAAUCAAAAUAUUACUCCCUUCUAUUACCUUCUUCUUUCUCAUGCUAAGAAGUUCUGGUUCAUCAUUAGAAGCCAUAACUGUGCAUCAAAACUUGUUAGAUGGUGAGACCGUUGUCUCACGGAAUGCAAAAUUCGAGCUAGGAUUCUUUAGCCCAGGCAGUUCCAAAUAUCGAUACCUGGGGAUAUGGUUCAAGAACACAUCACCUCAUACGGUUGCAUGGGUUGCUAACAGGGAAACACCACUUACUGAUUCCUCUGGCAUGCUCAAAUUAGACAGCCAAGGGAUCCUGUCUCUUGUCAAUAGUAGCGGUACAACCAUUUGGUCAUCCAACUCCACGACAUCUGGAACAAAUGCCAAUCCUGUAGCACACCUCUUAGAUACGGGCAAUCUGGUAAUUAAGAGUGAGAAGGAAACCAACAAGAAUAUUCUCAUUUGGCAAAGUUUUGAUUACCCUGGAGAUACCUACUUACCAGGAAUGAAGGGUGGAAAGAACUUCAUAACAGGACGAGAGAUGGGCUUGACAUCAUGGACGAGUGCAGAUGAUCCUUCCCCAGGUAAUUAUACACUCCGGUGGUCAAUGGUUAAGGGUAACUAUCAGCAAGUAUAUGUUUGGAAAAACUCUGUUAUUGAAACAAGGCUUGGGCCAUAUAAUGGCAUAGCGUUUGCUGGCCAGCCAAGCUAUAAAUCUAACUCAGUAUAUACAUCCAAUGUUGAUAUGAUUGUCAAUGAGAAUGAGAUGUAUUUUGCAUUAACUUUUAAGAGCCCCUCUUUGUUGUUAAGGUUGAUAGUGACUCCAGGUGGGAAGUAUGAGAUCUGGCAUCUAGAUAUGCAUAACCAAGAAUGGACACAGGAUUUCAGUUUUCCGUCGGAUGCAUGUGAUAGUUAUGGACUAUGUGGUCCGUAUGGAAACUGUAAUACUGUCGCCUUUUAUACUUGUGGUUGCUUGAAAGGAUUUGAACCAAACUAUCCACAAGAUUUGAUUCCUUCUAAAUGGAGUAGUGGUUGUAGGCGAACUAAAUCUUUGGAUUGUGCCCCCGAAGAGGGAUUUCUAAAGUUCUCAAGCAUGAAACUGCCGGACACUCAGAAUGCUGUGUUCAAUGCCAACAUGCGUCUUAAAGAGUGUGAGAUCACUUGCAAGAGUAACUGCUCAUGCACUGCGUUUGCAAACCCAAACAUGACUGCUGGUGGAGUUGGAUGCUUGCUAUGGUUUGGUGAUCUUAUUGAUGUCCGAGUGUACCAACUAAACGGGCAAGAUCUUUAUGUUAGACUGUCAGCCUCCGAGUUAUUAGUUAAUUCGUCAACGAUUGGUGGAAACUAUGGAAAUCUUUCUAGAUUCCCAAGAGAGAGACGAGUAAUUAUUACAAUCAGUUUGUCAACCUCAGCAGGGUUGGUUGUGAUAUUUGCAAUCUGCACAUGGAUUAAGAGAAAGUGUAGACAAGAUGUAGAAAGAGAAGUAAGGGUCCUUGAAAAGGACCACAGUAGCAGAAGGAAGGAAAAUAUAGAGUUGCAAGUGUUUAGUUUAUCAACAAUUUCUAGGGCAACUAAUAAGUUCUCUAUCGACAACAAGCUUGGAGAAGGUGGGUUUGGUCCAGUGUACAAGGGUGUGUUAGAAGAAGGCCAAGAGAUUGCUGUAAAGCGGCUUUCAAAGUCAUCUAACCAAGGCCUUGAUGAAUUCAAGAAUGAAGUUAUAUGCAUUGCCAAACUUCAGCAUAGGAAUCUUGUGAAGCUUUUAGGAUACUGCAUUACAGGAGAAGAGACAAUGCUUGUUUAUGAAUACAUGCCUAACAAAAGCUUGGACUGGUUUAUAUUUGAUGAUUCAAGGAAGUCGUUACUUAACUGGCCGCAACGUUUCCACAUUAUCCAUGGGAUUGCUCGAGGUCUUCUUUAUCUUCAUCAAGAUUCCCGACUUAGAGUUGUGCAUAGGGAUUUGAAAGCAGGCAAUAUAUUGCUCGACCGUGACAUGAAUCCAAAAAUAUCAGACUUUGGUUUGGCUAGAAUGUUUGAAGGACAUGAGAAUGAAGCAAAAACAAAAAACGUGGUGGGAACUUUUGGCUACAUAUCUCCAGAGUAUGCAGCAAACGGUUUGUUCUCGGUUAAGUCUGAUAUUUUUAGCUAUGGCGUUCUGUUGUUGGAGAUAGUAAGCGGAAAGAAAAACAGAGGUUUUUUUCAUGAAGAUGACCUUGAUGUUAACCUUCUUGGACAUGCUUGGAGACUUUACAAAGACGGCAAGUCUCUUGAUCUAAUUGACGCAUCAUUAGGUGUGUCAUGGUUGAUUAAUGAAGUGUUGCGAUCAAUACACAUUGGUUUAUUAUGUGUACAACAUCGAGCAGAAGAUAGACCUACCACAGCGGUUGUGGUUGCCAUGUUGGCUGGUGAAGGAUCACUACCUUCUCCCAAAAAACCUGCUUUCUUCAUUAACGGAAGUGAAGGUAACUCAGUUCCAAUUCGCCCAUCAUCCAUUAAUGGAGUGACACAAAGUGAAAUAGAUGGCAGAUAAUGAGGUAAAUGGAAGAUGUAAUUUAAUGUCCAACAUUCCAUUGGUAGUUUUAUCCAAGGGCAGCCUCAAUAGUAGUGUGGGACUUCCGAUUUCCAGUUGUAUUGUAAGAAGUGUUAGGAUUAGUUCAAAGCACUUGCAAAUUAAUGGAAGUGGAAUCGCGGAACCUGGUCUAUUUAGAAUGUGCGCAUCAUGGAGUGGUGGAGCUUUGUAGAACGCCGUUUACUAGCUAUAUUUUAUCUUAACGUGGGUCAUGUAGUUCGUUUAUUUAGCUAAGUCAUUGGUAGUUAGUUUUUUCCAUGUUCUUGUUAUGUUAUCCCUUGUUUAACUCUUGAUUUGGUAUUAAUUAAUAAACACUGAGUCUCUAUCAUUCGGGGAGUCUCUCUAAAGCCUGAUUA